AUGCACAGCAGCAGCACAGCGGAGAGAUACAAAGCCGCCAGCACACGUGCCUGCUCGCUAGACGACGACGACGACCACCACCACCACCACCACCACCACCACCACCAAUACCACUUGCGCCGCACGCACCCGCACCGCCCGGAGUCUCCCCCUCUGCGGCGGACAUGGCGACUGCAGCUCAAUAGCGACGACCUCCUCUCGGCCCGGCGCAACAUGGAGAGCAUCCACGGCGUCGACGUGAGCUGGCUGCACCACAGCAAAGCCCCGAAGGAGCAUGACCAGAGGAAGCAGCAUGUCGCCGCAACGCCGACCAAAACACCACUGGCGCACAGCGAUAGCGACAGGGCCUCAGCGUCACCUCUACCCAGCCCGCAGCUGGCCCACGACACGAGAAAGCACGACUACUUUCCGAGUCCGGUGACUCCCCAGACGCUCUCCGAGCCGGCCAAGAAUGCAACAAACUCAGCCCCCGUCACAUCUUCGCCCACGCCUCCUGCGAGCACUGCCUCUGCCAAGACGACGUCGCGGCGGCCUGGCCUACUGAAUCGCGCCAGCUCUGAAAAGCUGGGGGGAGGCACCGACGGCAGGAAGUCGCGGAGCAAUUCAUGGAUCUCCAACAUCAGCAACAAGUUCUCCUCGUCUCAAUCGUCCACUCCUGAACGCUCAGGCCCCCAGGCGACAUUGCCCUCGGCUGCCGCGGUGAAUGGCAAUGGCACUCCUAAGCAGGGUGCUGUGGCACAAGUCUCCGAGGAAGCCGAACCGUACAUCCCGUUGAGACCAAAGGAAGGCUCGGGCUUCUUCUCCACCCUCUCGCGCAAGCUGUCGGCGGGCUCCCAAGUCAGCAGCGCGCCCAGGAUCAGCGGGAAAGGCGGGGUCUGCGAGCGACGAGUGCUGAAUGUUGAUCCAAAUCGGGAGAGAUGUCUCGUCCCAGAGAUGGACACGAGCACAUUGAGGAAGGUCGCAUUUUGUGUGGACGUGGAGAUCGCCGGUGGCCCGCGCUACAAGGAUGAAGAUGAGGAUGACGAGGAUGAUCAAGAGCGCAGGCGGAGGAAGAAGGACAUGAAGAUGAAGGAACGAGCAGAGGGGGAGGCCAUGAAGCAUCCGGAAGCCCUGAAAGAGGAGAAGGGAAUGGAGGAUGGGGUGACACCGGAUCGACAGAGGAAGCCACUGCCCGUGCCGCGGGACAUACCCAAUGGUGACCAAAUACCCUGCGUGACCAAGAACUCUAGUGAUGGAAGCCCGCCUGGCGGGAAAGCAGAGGAUCAGCUGUCCGCGGAGAGGACGCGAGAGAAGAAGAAGAAGUCAGAAGACGAGCGAAAAGAGCGAAAGGAGAAGCGACGAAGAAGAGCUGAGGAAAAUGGAUCAAUCCCAGUGGAGCUUUCGAUGGACGCAGAUGUCGCGGCUCGGAUGGACGCAGAUACUAUCCCAUCCUCUUUGCCAGAUAGCCAACUGCUCCCGAACGGACAAAAUGGCAGUACUCAACUUCACCCACACGCUAAGCGCGAUCGACCUACUACCGACCCAGUGCGUAUAUACCGCAGAUGCUGCCAACUGCGAGAGACUCCUAUCUUGAAAAGAAUCACGGAACAGCUAAUGGCACCCACUUGCUGUGCCCCAUCUGAACCGGGUGUCGUCCAUACCUUGGACCUGACCGGCUCCAGACUACAGCUUGCUGAUAUGAUCACGCUUGGUGACUGGCUGGCCGUGGUGGCAGUCAAACGGCUCUUGCUAGAGGACGCGGAUCUGAGCGACGAAGGGCUACGAUGCAUCUUAGCUGGUUUAUUGGCAGCUAAGAAGCCAGAGCCUUCGAAGCGUAAGAGCAUGUCUCCCAAGCACCGAGAAAACGCUCGAGUUGUGGCUCACCAAGAGCGGUCUGGCGUCAUCGAGAAGCUACAUAUGAAGAACAACCCUCGGAUUACACGAGCUGGAUGGAAACAUAUCAGCCUUUUCCUCUACAUGUGCCGUUCACUGAAAGCCAUCGACCUUUCGAUGAUUCAAUUUCCCACCACAUUACCUCCUGGAACCCCAGGCCCAUCUUUGAAGAGUCCACAGCAGGACUCCCGGUGUUCUGGCCAGGAGACCGAAGCGGCUGAGACGUUCUUCAAGUGCUUGAGUCAGCGCCUGGGUGGAGACAAGCUGGAAGAGCUCAUUCUCUCGGAGUGCGGCUUGAAAGCGUCCCAAAUCCGAAAAGUUGUCGAUGGUGCCAUCGUCUGCGGCGUCAACAGGCUUGGUCUUGCGGGUACCCAGCUGGACGACGAAGGCCUCGAUGCUGUAUUGCAUUACCUGCAAUCUGGUGUCUGCGGCGGACUAGACUUGGGCGGUAAUGAUCUUCGCAACAAGCUUGGCCUGAUAGCAGAAGCGCUCAACAGCAGGUCCGGUACUCCUUGCUGGGGUCUGUCGCUGGCUGCCUGCAACCUAAACACUGCAUCGAUCAAGCCGCUAUUUUCGGCGUUGGUCAAACUGCAAAACUUCAGAUUUCUUGACCUCAGCCACAAUCGCGACCUUUGCUUGAAUGACAAUGGCACGAUAUCACUACUGCGGCGCUACAUUGGUCAAUUGAAAUUUCUCAAGCGGUUACACUUGGCUGAUGUGUCGAUGAGCCCCAAGCAGGCCAUUGCACUCGCAGAUGUGCUUCCAGAAGGCCCGCAGCUUGCUCAUCUCAACAUUCUGGAGAAUCCGCAGCUUACUGCUCUUGCACAUGCCAAGGACGAGGCUAACCAAGAGGAAGCAUGUGCGUUAUAUGCUUCGUAUAUGGCCGCGGUCAGAGUGUCAAAUACCUUAAUCUGCGUUGAUAUCGAUGUACCAAGCCCUGAAAACAGUGAGGUUGUGAAGGCAUUGGCCAAGCAGGUCGUUGCCUAUUCAUUACGCAACAUGGAGAGAUUUGCCGUCGCUGAAGCGACUGGAGAUAUCGCUGCCAUGACCGCAGAUGCGGCUGCAUCGCUCACUGAAUCGCAUGGUGGGGAACAACAUUUGAGAGAAAUUGCAGUGCCCGAUGUGCUCAUGCAUCUGGUGGGCCACGUCGAAGGCAACUUCCAAAAUCACGACAACGAUGAUCCCGCACCAGACGACAACUACAUUGUUGGUGGGACUGGGGUGGUCAAAGCACUUCAAUAUGUCCUUGGCGAGAAGGCAGACGAUCUUCGUCGUACCAGUGUCGCAGGUCCACCUUCAACCGGUACUAGAACACCUCGAGAAAGGCCGGGCUCAUCCGCGGGUCUAGAUCAGCAACAGCAGUUCAAAGCCAAGAAAAUGAGCAAGAAUUUACUGGAUAGUGCUCGGAAGAUUCGCGCGAGGCUGCAGCCGGCACUCGCUAAAGAGGCCAACACUGGUGACGGAAUGGCUUUCAGGAGACUCAACUUUUUGGACCAGACCCUGCAAAGCAUGAUCCAGCGCUUCGAAGAGGAAUACCCAGAGACCCGCAUUGCACCCCCUCCACCAAACCAGCCUCCCUCGCUGUCGUCUUCUGUCACAGAACAGUCUGGCCCUCUUUCUGUCAGUACUGCAGGAACAGAAAUCACAAACAUUUCUGACGACGAGGAUGAUAUCGGCCGCUACCGUCCAGCAGUCUCUCGACACAACAGCGACGUGUCACUGGCAUCUCGCGCCCUGGCCAUGGAAGAGGGCCACCUACAUCGUCUUGGACAGCGCAUCCGUCGCAACGUGGUAGACUCACCGGCCUCUGCCGUAGCACCGGAGGACGACUCUAUUCCGUGGAAGGCUGGGGAACUCCAGCGUCUGAGGGCGGUUAAGGAGAAGCUCGAUUCUAUAUCUGGGCCCGAGCUCAAAUCUGUGGUCGAGAAUCGUAGUUGGGACGCAGCAUUACAGGAGGUAGGUGCCAACCUGCAAGAUCUCAGGGCUAUGCAGGAACAAGAUCCGCAAGGAUGGGAACAAUUCAAGGAGGCUCAGAUGAAAGCACGAAUGAACGUGGCGCAGGACGCCAGGCGGGAGUAG